AUGCCUAUUCCUCGUGGAUGGCGAGGACCCAUGGGUCGGGCCAUUGUGGCGGUGCUCCCGCCUUGUAACUUUCUGACAUUGCACUAUGUUUAUUUCAUUGUGGCUUGUGUGGUUGCUAGCAUUAUACUGUUCUUGACCUCGACGCCUUUUAAGCAUGUGGCCUAUGUCGAUGCGAUCUUCUUGUGCGUCAGUGCCAUGACUGGCGCUGGGUUGAAUACGGUGGACUUGUCAACUUUGAACACAUUCCAACAAGUCAUUUUAUUCAUACUCUUGCUUCUGGGCUCCAAUAUCCUCAUCUCUAGCACCGUGCUCAUGGUGCGAAAGCGGGCUUUCGAAGCUAAGCUGAAAGACAUCUCGGAUUCCCGCGAGGCUUCCCGUCGAGCUUCAGUUCUAGAGCUGCAGACUAUGAAUCCAACCUUACCGGAGGAGUCUACUAGCAGCAAUGUGGAUUGUCGGAUGCGACUGAAGAGCGCCGUCGUCGUUCAAGAAACUCCCGCUCAGUCAUCUUCUAUCGUUGACCAGGUUCAAUGGACGGACGAUGAUCAGAUAACAGUGGGCGAUGAACAACGGCAUCAUCAUUAUAACCACCGAGUCUUUCCCAUGGUCGGCGUCGGAGCCCGACCAGAUCUCAACAACCAUCCUCGAGAUGUGACUCCGCUGCCAUUGUUCAACGAUAAACCUUCGGGAUUCGGCUUGAAGGGUAUCAUGCGCGGCACACAGAAGUAUUUCUUCUCCAAGGGUCUAGUAGCGCGCAACUCCCAGUUCUACGGCCUUUCAUCAAUCGAACGUCAAGAACUCGGCGGAGUGGAGUACAAAGCCGUUUCAUUCCUGUCAUGGACUGUCUCGCUGUACUAUAUCCUGUUCAACCUUCUCGGAAUUAUCGGUGUAGGUGCAUGGCUGCAGGCGAAUCACCCGGAGGUGACGCGUGAAAACGGGCUGGAUCCAUUUUGGACCGGUGCAUUCUUUGCCGUCUCGGCAUUCGUGAAUAGCGGCAUGUCGCUACUGGAUAAAAAUAUGACUGCUUUGCAGUUGAAUGCUUACCCGCUUCUUACUCUGGGCAUGCUCAUUCUCGCUGGCAACACGCUUUACCCUUGCUUCUUACGCUUCAUCAUCUGGACUAUGAGGAUCUUGAUGCCGAACAAUCCGAGGUGGCAAUCGUGGAGAGUCACUCUUGACUUUAUCCUAGACCAUCCGCGCAGGGUUUACACCAAUCUUUUUCCUGCGCGCCAUACAUGGUACCUGCUCGGUACAAUCAUUAUCCUCAACGGAAUCGAUUGGGCUGCCUUCGAAUUACUCGCUAUUGGGAACAAGGAGAUCGAGGCUCUUCCGUCGGAAUAUCGAGUUCUCGAUGGCUUGUUCCAAGCAUUGGCUGUUCGUGCAGGUGGAUUCUACGUUGUGACGAUCGCCGAUUUACGACAGGGCCUCUUGGUUCUGUAUGUCCUCAUGAUGUAUGUAUCGGCAUAUCCAGUCCUAGUGACCAUGCGGAACACAAAUGUCUACGAAGAAAGAUCCCUCGGCAUCUACGCCCACGACGAGAGCCCCGACUCACCAGACCGACCAGCCCGGGGCAACGUCCUGAUGGACAUACUCCGCCACCACAUGGGCCGGCCCACCCUUUCAGAACGUUCACGCAGCUACUUCGUCCACCAACAGCUACGUUCCCAACUGAGCCACGACAUCUGGUGGAUCGCACUAGCCGUCCUCUUCAUUGCAAUUGCCGAAUCCGACCACUACAGCGAACAACCCGUCGCAUUCUCUACCUUCAACAUUCUUUUCGAAGUUGUUUCGGCCUACGGCUGUGUCGGAGUUAGUGUCGGGUAUCCGGGCAAGAAUUACUCAUUUUGUGGCGCAUGGCACACAAUCAGUAAGUUGAUUCUUGCGGCUGUUGCGCUGCGAGGGAGACAUCGGGGAUUACCUGUUGCUAUUGAUAAGGCGAUUAUGUUGCCUCGUGAGUCUUUGGGGUGGGCUGAGGAGGAGGAUGCUGCGUUAAGGAGAGAGCGGGCAGGGGCCUGGCAUCAGGAUCAUAUACCUGCAGGGUCCGUUUAA